AUGUACUUCGUCAUUGCAAAUUGGUUACUCAAAAAAUUCGAAUAUAUCGACAUAAAACAUGUCCCUAGAAUAAAAAACCAAGAAGCUAAUGACUUAGCACAAAUAGCUUCAGGGUAUAGAAUUUCAAAAGAGAAGCUAGAAGAACUUGUCGAAGUAAGAGGAAAGGCAAUGGCUGCCAGAUUGUCUCCGACAGACUUGGAAAGCACUCAGUUAGGAUAUGCUAACAAAGAGGAGUUUAAAGUAUUGGCCAUUGAUACCUUAAUGGAUACAUAUUGGAGGAAUCCAAUAAUUAAUUAUCUUAAGGACCCUUCGACAGAUACAGAAAGAAAAAACAAGUACAAGGCUUUAUCUUAUGUUUUGAUGGGGAAUGAAUUAUUCAAGAAAACCCCUGAAGAGAUCUUGUUGAAAUGUUUAGGAGAAAACGAAGCUUACUUGGCAUUAUCUAGUGUACAUAGUGGAGCCUGUGGAGCAUACCAGGCAGGCCAUAAGAUGAAAUGGCUGCUUUUCAGAUAUGGAAUGUAUUGGCCCACCAUGUUAAAAGAUUGUAUAGAGUUUGCUAAGGGUUGCCAAGAAUGUCAAAUACAUGCAGGAAUUCAACAUGCUCCUGCAAGUGAGCUUCAUACAAUUAUUAAACCUUGGCCUUUCAGAGGUUGGGCAUUAGAUCUAAUUGGGGAAGUUCGACCCAUUCAUCCAAAGGACAAAGAAAGCAUAACAACAGACCAAGGAUCAGUUUUUACUGGUCGAAAGAUGCAAGAGUUUGCAAAGGAGAUGGGUUUCAAAUUAUUAACAUCCACACCCUAUUAUGCUCAAGCCAAUGGGCAAGUUGAAGCAGCCAAUAAAGUAAUAAUUGGCUUAAUCAAAAAGCACGUAGGGAAGAAGCCAAAAAACUGGCACAAAACUUUAGAUCAAGCACUUUGGGCUUGUCGAACCUCCCCUAAAGAAUCUACUAACACUACACCUUUCCAGCUUACAUUUGGACAUGAUGCAGAAUUACCUGUCGAAAUCUACUUGCAAUCAGUGAGAAUCCAAAGACAACGAGAAAUUCCAUCUGACUUAUACUGGGAAAUGAUGAUAAAUGAGCUGGUGGAUUUGGACGAUGAAAGGUUGCAUGCGUUAGAAGUAUUAAGAAGACAGAAGGAGAGGGUAGCAAGGGCAUACAAUAAGAGGGUCAAAGGUAAAACUUUCACUCUGAAUAAUUUAGUUUGGAAAGUUAUAUUACCUAUGGAUCAAAAGAAUAAAGCAUUAGGAAAAUGGUCUCCACAUUAG